UGUAAUAAUAAGUAUGGUCAUCUAUGAUACAGUUAGCAUUCUACUUUAUCAUUUAUUUUUUCUAUGUAUUAGGUGACGACGAUAAAAUUGAAUCCCUCAAAGUCAAACAUAUGGGUCAACUAUUAUUUGAAACAUUCGCAUUAGAAGGUGUUGAUACUGCAAAUUUACUAGACGAAUUAUGUGUUUCUGUGCACAUGAAAUGUUCCCAACUCCCGUACCAGACUUCACAAAACGAGAACUUUGAAAAGACGGAUGUCAUCGAUGUAUUGAUUAAUAGCGAUAAUGUUCAAGAGAUAUUAUCCAAGUAG